UCUGAAGAGAGAAACAAAGAGAAUUAUAUAUAGUCAGAGAAACAAAAAACUAGUUUCAAGCUUUCAGAAGAGAGAAACAAAGAGAAUUAUAUGUAGUCAGAGAAACAAACAGAUAGUUACUGAAAUGGGUGGUGCAACUCAAGCUACACAUGUUGUAUGCUUACCAUUUCCAGCACAAGGUCACAUUACUCCAAUGCUAAAACUAGCAAAACUUGUCAAUACAGAAUUCAAUCACAAACGUUUAAUCAAGUCAAGAGGAAAUGAUUCGGUUAAAGGUUUACGUGAUUUCCAGUUCCGUACAAUUCCAGAUGGAUUACCACCAACUGAUGUUGAAUCGACACAAGAUAUACCUUCUCUUGCUGUUUCCACCAAGAAAAACUGUGGAGUUCCGUUUCGAAAUCUACUGCUGAAGCUGAAACUUAACGAAACAUCGGGCAUUCCUCCUGUUAGUUGUGUGGUCUCUGAUGGGUGUAUGAGUUUUACACUUGCAGUUGCUAAAGAAUUUGGUUUCCCGGUGUACCUGUUUUGGACUACUAGUGCUUGUGGUUUCAUGGCUUAUCUCCAUUAUCGUCAUCUUAUUGAGAAAAGUCUCAUUCCGCUCAAAGAUAAGAGCUGCCUAAUUAAUGGGUACCUUGAAACUAUAGUCGAUUUUGUUCCAGGAUUUAACAAUAUCCGGCUAAUGGAUUUCCCUGCAUUUGCGCGAACAACUGAUCCCAAGGGUAAAAUGAUCGAGCACAUUCUCGGGGAAACAUAAAAUGCAACAAAAGGGUCGGGUAUCAUCUUGAACACAUUUGAUGAAUUAGAGAAGGAAGUUGUAGGCGCAAAUGCGGUCCAAGAAAUUAUCAUUACCUCCCAUCUAUACCCUUGGUGCUCUUCAUUUUCUUAAGUUUUUUGAUUUUUAAGGUAAAAAUGGAUGAUCCACUUUCUAUUACAAAUCUCUUCAGAAGAAUUACUUGCAAACUGAAUCCAAGUGGUGGUGGUGAUGAUAACAAAAUGACUUUUAACUCAUCAGCGUCGGUUGUGGCAUGCAAUAUCGACAUCUUAACACUAAUUUUAUUGUGGUUACCAGUGAAAUCUCUUCUUGUGUUCAAAUUAGUCUCAAAACAAUGGUUUUCGCUCAUCACUGAUUCAAAAUUCACUUGCAAGUAUACUUUUCGAACUUGCAGCCGUCCAUCCCUGGAUUGUUCAUACAAAGUGAGUUUCCACAAUUCCUAGUUCUUGACAGAUCCAAUAUCAAUGUUAGGCAUGUCAAGACAAGACUCAUAAACUUGGUGAAUGAUAUUUCAAUUGACAUGAAAAAUAAUAGACAAGAAUUCUACAAUCUUGCAAUGGUCUUAUUCUUUGUCACAGUGGUGGAGACACCUAUCGCAUCUACAAUCCAACAACUGGUCAUAGCAAAACCCUUCCUAUACCAUCGUCAUUUUGUAACCACCGUAGUGCUUCAUUUUCCUAUCAUAAUUUUAGCUUAGCCUUUGAUCCAAUGAAAUCAUCUAAUUAUAAAGUAAUUUAUGCGCAAGUUUCUUCCCCAUGCGAGGUAUUUGGCCAUAACAUUGAAAUAUACUCUUCAAAGACGGAUUCUUGGAGGGUUUCUGGAGAACAUCUGGUAGAAAACUCUUGUCCGUUAAUUUCGUCUGGUGGUUUUUGGAAGGGUUCACUGCACUGGAUGGCAUAUGGGAAUAAGUUAAAAUAUUUUGAU